UAAACAACUUUCUCGAGAAACAAACCACUCAAAAAAAAAAAAAACCCGAAUCUCCCCCUCUCUUUCUCUCUCUAGAAAAAAAACUCUACAUUGUAUCUAUCGCCGUUACAAAUUUGUCUCUCACUUUCUCUCUCCUCCUUCGAAUUCCUCACUGCAUUUCUUCGAUCUCACCGCCUAAUUCCUCCUACAAAAUAGCAAUUUCUCAGACCUCUCUCUCGGCUCAGACUCUUCCCCAAAUCUGAGCUUUUAUUGCUUCGAUUGUGAUCGGGAAUUGUUCGACAAUGGCAUCUUUCUCUGUUCCUUGCCCUAAAUCUUCUGCCCUAUUCACUGCUUCUUCUUCUUCUUCGCAGCAGCAACCAAACCCAAAGCAAACCCAACACUGUUUGGUUUCGUUCCCAUCGAGCUCGUCGGCGUUGUUAGCUGGAUCGUCCCUCAGACUCCAGGGGACUAGGGACAAUCAAUCUAAUGUUUCCAAGGUGUUUGCCCAGCUUAAUGAGGUUGCCCUCAAAUCUUCAAAUUGUGCACCAGUUCCAUCUACAAAGCCCGUGGAACCUGCAAAAGAAUCUCCUGCUCAAAAUACUGUUCCAGAUGCAUCAUCCAUCUCAGCAUUUAUGACCCAAGUGGCAGACCUUGUUGAGCUUGUAGAUUCAAGAGACAUCAUGGAGCUACACCUUAAGCAACUGGAUUGUGAAGUCAUUAUAAGAAAAAAGGAAGCUUUGCAACAACCUCCUGUAGUUAUGAUGCAGCCUGCUUCUCCCCAAACUAUGGCGCCAUAUCAACCACCUCCAGCGCAGGUCAAUGCUCCUGCUGGUCCUGUUCCUUCAGCUCCAGCUUCAGCACCAGCACUACCUAGCCCUGCAAAGCCAAAAUCAUCCCAUCCUCCUUUGAAAUGCCCAAUGGCUGGAACUUUUUAUCGUUCUCCAGCACCAGGAACUCCCCCUUUUAUCAAGGUAGGAGAUAAGAUCCAGAAAGGCCAGGUAGUUUGCAUCAUUGAGGCCAUGAAACUGAUGAAUGAGAUCGAAGCUGAUCAAUCAGGAACUGUGGUUGAGAUAAUUGCAGAAGAUGGUAAACCAGUUAGUGUGGACACACCCUUAUUUGUCAUUGAGCCUUGAAGAAUUAAGCUACUUCUUCAGUUAUUGGAUCAUGUAUGAGAAAGCAUAUGAUGAGCUUGAGCUGAGUUCAUUUGUGUUCUUAGAUUGUAAUGUCUUCAAAGCUUAGUUCAUUUGUGUUCUUAGAUUUGUAAUGUCUCACCUUUGUUACUUGGAUUCAUAAAUUUUGAAACAAUAGAAUUAUUUACAUAGUGCUUUCUCUCUCUCAUAGAGGAAGGUAUUUCAUUUUCUGUAUGAUUAUAAGAGAAUAAUCAUUCUGUACUGAAGCAAAUGAAUGACUAUUUCAUUAUAUUAUAUUUCAUUUUA